GCUGCUGCUGCUGUGCUUCGGUGCUUCCAUCCCACCAACAGGUUGGUUGAAUAAUGCCUCGAAGAGAAGAAUUACCGGUAGAAGAAGAAGAACGAUUUCCAAUCGGUAGAGCACAAGGUGCUCCGAGUGAUGACAUUGGUUGGCAUUUUGCUAACAUUCUACAAGGCGUAAAUAGAAACACCAUAGAAUGUAAACUUUGUGACAAAGUAAUAACCGGUGGAAUAACUCGGUUGAAGGAACAUAUUGCACACUUUCCCGGAGAAGUCAAAGGUUGUGGUAGAGUCACACAGAUUAUUAGGGAAAGUAUGAUGCAGCUUUUAUUAGACAAUAAGGCAAAGAAAAAUGAUUCACGAAAAAGAAAGGAAGAAUUUGUCUCACUUUUAAGAGGAGAUAACAAUGUAAACCAUGAAGAUUUAGAGGAAGAGGAGGCUAUUAGACAAGCAACACAUGAAAGCAUGAGGUCGCAUAGACAAUGGCAAGACGGACAAAGAUUUCCUGGAAGUGGCAUUGGCAGUAGUAGUAGUAGUGGUGUAGGUGUAGCUUCAUUUGGACAUCAACGAAGGGAUCUUAAUCAAAGAAUGUGAAAU